UUUUUUUUUUUUUUUGUAAUUUUUCUUUUGUCUAAUGAAUUUUUUUACAAUUUUUUCUCUCAUUUAUAAAAGACAACCAUAGUGAAAUGUUAUUUUUUUAAAUGAACAAUUAAAAAAUUUUCUCAACAACAAAAGCAAUAAAUAAAAUGAUACAAUCGAAUCCGAUUAUAAUUGUUGAUCAAUGUCAUCCAACAACAACAACAAAUUCAAAUAAUCAUUCCAAUAAUAAUAAUAAUGAACUAAGCAAUAAUAAUUAUAAUGAUGAUAUCGAUGUUGAAAUGGUUGAAGAAGCAACUGAAUAUUUAAAUGAUUUCAAUGAUGAUAAUAAUUAUUUAAUCAAGAAUCACAUUGAUGAUAAUGAUGAAAAUUAUGAUAAAAAUUUGAUUGAAAAAUCAUCAUCAUCAUCAUUAUCGAUUGAUUCAAUAUUAAUGGAAACUGAACCAAAUGUUGAACAAUUAUUACAUGAAUCAAUGUUACGACAACGAUAUCGUCAAAAUUCAACACCAAAUCUUUUAUUAACAACAACAACAACUGCUACAAAUAAAAAACAUAAUGUAAAAAUUCGACCAAACAAUAGUGAUAAUAAUCUAGUCAUAAAGACAAUAAUAGAUAAUAAUAAUAUUAAUGUUAAUGUUAAUAAUCAAGAAAAUUCUUUAAAUUCAUCAUCAUCAUUGGGACAAAUUGAUUUAGAAUUAUUAAUGAAAUAUGAUGAUGAUGAUAAUAAUGUUGAUGCUGCUGUUGUACCAUUUUCACUCGAUGAUGAUGAUGAUGACGAUGAUGAUCAAAUAAAUACUGUACAAUCUUCAUCAUUGAAUGAAUUAUCAAGAUCGAUUGGAAAAAUGGGUGCAGAAACAUUUCGCCAAUUACCACAACAAUCAUCAUUAUCAUCAUUAUCGGAUAAGAAAUUAAAUUCAAAAAUUAAAGAUCAAAAUCCUACAAAUAUUUUAGAUAAUGUUUCAAUUGGAAAUCAGAUGAAGAAAUCUGAAACUAUCAUUAAAGGUAUUGUGACCACUAGCAUAACAACAACAACAACAACAAUACCGGCUAUAACAUCGAAACAACAACAACAACAACCAAUUGUGGCUAAUAUAUCACCGGUGAUACAACCAUCAACAACAACAACAACAACGAUUAUGAAUCGUAAACGACGAUCAAAUAAUUUUCUUUCAAAUAUUAUAUCAGUUUCUUAUAGACAAAAAUCAAUAGAAUAUUAUAAAUUAUUUCGUAAAAAUAUUGGUAAUAAUGAAUUAUUAAUUGGUGAUUUUUAUUGUGCAUUAAAUGCAAUACAAGGACGAAUGUACAUAUCAAAAGAUCAUUUUGCAUUCCAUCAUAAUAUAAUGGGAAUGUUUGCCAAAAGUUUGAUCUGGAAUUGUUCAAAUAUAAUUGCAAUAAAUAAAGCUAAUACAGCAUUAGUAAUACCGAAUGCAAUACAAUUAACUGUUAAACAACAACCAAUAUCAAUAUCGAUGACAUCUUCGAUCAUUAAUAAUGGUAAUGGAGAAAAAAAUGACAGUGAUAAAGAUUCAUCAAUUUCCAUAUCAUCAUCAUCAUCAUUAUCAUCAACAUCAACGACAUUGCCUAUUAACAACAAUGUUGAACAACAACAACAGCAAAAAUAUUUAUUCACAUCAUUUACACAACGUGAUAAAAUAUUUGCAUUAAUGGAAACAGUUUGGCGACGAUCAAAUCAGAAUCGUUCAUUAUCGAAUCAAGAAAUAUCUGAUCUAGUACAUAGAUUCUAUGGUGAUGAUCUUGGUUUUAUGGAUGAUAAAGAAGAACAAGAUUUUUUUGCUGAAGAAAUUCUAGCAAAUCAAAUUGAUGAAAAUGAUCAUGAUGAUGAUCAUGAUGAUGUUGUUGUUGUUGUUGGUGGUGUUGGUGGUGAUCAAAUUGAUCCGUUGGUUGUUGAUAUUGAUCAAAAAACUUCUAUACAGGUUCAUCAGGAAAAAGAUCAAGAUCAAAUUAAAAUGUCAAAUGAUAAUAAUUCAACAAAAUCAUCAGUCGAAAUUGAUCAACAACAGUCGUCACAAAUUUCUGAUGAAUUAACAACAACAAUCGAUACAACAACUGAUGUAAAUUUUAAAUCAAUAAUUCCAAUUGAUUCAUCAACACCUAUUAUUCAAUCAAAAUCAAUCAACAUUUCACCGGAUCAAUCAUUAUUGAAUAAUACGAUUGAAGAAAAUGAACAACAUCCUCCCGAAACAAUUGUAACGGGUGAAAUUGCUCAAGAAAUCAUUCCUGAAGAAUUAAAUUCUAAUCCAACACAAUCAUCAAUAAACAUAUCAUCAAACAAUCAAAUAGUAACAAAUGAAAUGAAAUCAUUGAAUCGAUUUUUUCAGGCAGCUUCAUUAUCGAUGGUUGAAGGUUGUUGUCGUUGUUCAAAACAUCAAGGAACAUUGAUUGUUGAAAAAAUUCUUCCAUUUCCAGUUGAUUAUUUAUUUGAAUUAAUAUUUAUUGAUCAGAAUUUUAUACGUUAUUUACAUAAAACAAGACAAACAACCGGUAUGAAAAUAACAGCAUGGAUGCCAUUUGAAGAAAAAAAUCGACCACAAACACCAUUACCGGAUGGUGAUUAUGAUAUUUGUCGUAGUGAAUAUCGUACAAUGAAAUAUACAAUCAAAUUAACUGGUAUGCCAUUAAUAAAAUCAGCAACCGUAUUUGAAAGUCAAUAUAUUUUACAAAGUGAUUUAAAUCGUGCAUAUUGUCUUUAUACACAGAUCAAAAAUCAAGGUAUACCAUAUUCAGAUUCAUUUCUAGUCAGUACAACAUGGUGUUUAAAUUCAUGUUUACCUGGUGAUCAACAACAACAAACAGCGACAACAACAAUACAAUUACCGACACAUACAAAAUUACGUGUCUAUUUAAAUGUACAUUAUAUAAAAAAUAGUUUAUCAUUAUCAUUAAUGAAAUCAUCGAUUGAAAAAAAUUCUGUACAAGGAUUUCAAGAUCUUAUUGGUGAUUUAUUAAAAUUAUUACGUACAAAUCGUUUUGAUUAUGCAACACAAUCAAUGCUUUUUAAUGAAUCAUCGAAUCUAUUGGUUGAUGGACAACAACAACAAAAUGAGAAAAAUUUUGUUGAUAAAAAAUUGAAAAAUAUUUCAAAAUCAACA